AUGCUGUCACUUCAGUCUUGGCUGUAUGUUAUUCUAUGGCUGGAAAAUGCUCUGGCAAAACUUGAAGAUGAAGGCAAUUUCUACUCAGAAAAUGUUAGUCGAAUCCUGGACAACUUGCUUGAAGGCUAUGACAAUCGGCUGCGGCCAGGAUUCGGAGGUGCUGUCACUGAAGUCAAAACAGACAUUUAUGUGACCAGUUUUGGGCCUGUGUCAGACGUGGAGAUGGAAUACACAAUGGAUGUUUUCUUCCGCCAGACUUGGACUGAUGAGAGAUUGAAGUUUGGGGGGCCAGCCGAGAUUCUAAGUUUAAAUAACUUGAUGGUCAGCAAAAUCUGGACACCAGACACUUUUUUCAGAAAUGGUAAAAGGUCAAUUGCUCACAACAUGACAACCCCUAAUAAACUCUUCAGAAUAAUGCAGAAUGGAACAAUUCUGUACACCAUGAGGCUGACCAUCAAUGCUGACUGUCCCAUGAGACUGGUCAACUUUCCUAUGGAUGGACAUGCUUGUCCACUCAAGUUUGGGAGUUAUGCUUAUCCCAAAAGUGAAAUCAUAUAUACAUGGAAAAAGGGACCUCUUUACUCAGUAGAAGUCCCAGAAGAAUCUUCUAGCCUCCUCCAGUACGAUCUGAUUGGACAGACAGUAUCUAGUGAGACAAUUAAAUCUAACACAGGUGAAUAUGCAAUAAUGACAGUGUAUUUCCACUUGCAAAGGAAGAUGGGCUACUUCAUGAUCCAGAUAUAUACCCCGUGCAUCAUGACAGUCAUUCUUUCCCAGGUGUCUUUCUGGAUUAAUAAGGAGUCCGUCCCAGCCAGAACUGUCUUUGGGAUCACCACUGUUUUAACCAUGACCACCCUAAGCAUUAGUGCGCGACACUCCUUGCCCAAGGUGUCAUAUGCAACUGCCAUGGAUUGGUUCAUAGCUGUGUGCUUUGCUUUCGUCUUUUCCGCUCUCAUUGAAUUUGCAGCUGUCAACUACUUUACCAAUCUUCAGACGCAGAGGGCCAAAAGGAAGGCACAGGUUGCAGCCACAUCCCCAAUGACAAAAUCAAAGGCGACUGAACCCAGGGAAGCUGAGAUCGUGGUGCGCUCCGAUUCCAAGUAUCAUGUGAAGAAAAGAAUCACCUCCCUGACUUUGCCAAUCAUCCCAUCCACUGAGGCCAGCAAAGUUCUCAUGGAAGGACCCAAUUUUCAGUCAACGCCCGUCACACCCCCACCUGUCUCACCAGGCUUUGGUGACACCAGUAAAAUAGACAAGUAUUCUCGAAUUCUAUUCCCGGUUGCAUUUGCAGGAUUCAACCUUGUAUACUGGAUAGUUUACCUGUCCAAAGACACAAUGGAAGUGAGUAGCAGUGUUGAAUAG